CGUGCACUCGCAGUCAGUCCCAAUCGUUUCACUACCGUGACACCGGCGACUCGUGUGUACGCGCGUCCCGUUACCAAUAGUAAAUUACUAUUAAUUAUUGGUACUCGAAAAAAAAAUAUUUAUAUACCUACAUAUUAGCCGGUCUCUUAAGCGUGAAAUCAUUUUAUCCGCCUUUUUUUUUUUAUUGUAUCGCGGUCGUUUUGGUUUUUAUUAUUUGUUUUUGUGUUGCCAGUUUGUGAAAUCUUUCGUGUUUCCGAUUGCCGCGUAUACCCGUCCUUCGACCGCAGGACACCCCCGAGCAGCCGCGGUUCGUACACAAACGCGAUACCAACCAUGGACGACAAGGAUAAGAUACGCAGGAUGUUCAGCUGGAGCUCCAGCAUCACAGAAGGAAACGAAGAAACCGGUGGUAAAGCGAUGAUGUCCUCCGGCGUGGGCAGUUCUCCGGACGUGGUGGCCAUGGAGCCCAGGAGUGGCAGUGUGGUCGUCGGCGGAGUUGCUGGCGGUGGCGGAGGUAUAGUCAACCCAGCUUUCCAGCCUCCGUCCCUGCUCAGCCAACAAAGCACCGUGUGGACCCGACGCCAGCAAGCAGUGUGCGUCCGGCAUGCGUUUAAGCACUACGGUUCGGCCAGCAAGCCCAACCACGUGCUCAGCAAUCUCAACAUGACCGUCGCAAAAGGCACUAUAUACGGACUGCUCGGUGCUAGCGGUUGUGGAAAGACUACUUUGCUCAGCUGUAUUGUCGGUCGGCGGCGACUGAACACCGGACAGAUCUAUGUGCUCGGUGGAAAGCCCGGAACCAAAGGCAGUGGAGUGCCCGGAAAACGCGUCGGAUACAUGCCUCAGGAAAUAGCUCUGUACGGAGAGUUUUCCAUAAAAGAGACUAUGAUGUAUUUCGGAUGGAUAUUCGGCAUGGAGACGACCGAGAUCAACGACAGACUGCAAUUUUUGUUGAACUUCUUAGACUUGCCCAGCCAGUCCAGACUGGUGAAGAAUCUCAGUGGUGGACAGCAGAGGAGAGUGUCGUUCGCGGUUGCCCUUAUGCACGAUCCGGAACUUUUGAUUUUGGACGAGCCGACAGUCGGUGUGGAUCCUCUGCUCCGGCAAAGUAUCUGGAAUCAUUUAGUUCAAAUCACAAAAGAUGGCCACAAGACGGUCAUAAUCACUACACAUUAUAUCGAGGAAGCCAGACAAGCUCACACGAUCGGUUUGAUGAGAAGCGGUAGACUGUUGGCCGAAGAGUCUCCGGGCGUGUUGUUGUCCAUGUACCACUGCCAGUCGCUAGAAGAAGUAUUUUUAAAAUUGAGUAGGAAACAAGGUUCGGACGGACAACCACAAGAGACUCCCGUAAACAUAUCAAACAACAUUUCACUGGCGACAUUGAACUGGGGCAAAAAGGACGAGCCCGUUUACGUUACCGAAGAGAGCGGCGUCGUGGGCCUUAACUUCCACCAGUCCAAAGAGGUUCUCGUCCAAGACCAGACAAACGGCGUCAACGGAAAGCUAUCGGAAAUGCAAAUGAUGGAGCCGCAAUACGAUUCUAGCUGUUGUGAGCUCACCACCCGAGGCAAGACAAGGGCUCUGUUACAAAAGAAUUUCUUGCGAAUGUGGAGAAACGUCGGUGUGAUGUUAUUCAUUUUCGCACUGCCUGUGAUGCAAGUCAUCCUGUUCUGUUUGGCCAUCGGCAGGGAUCCGACGGGACUACAUUUGGCCGUGGUCAACAAGGAAAUGAACUGGGAAACCCGGGAGUGUCCGAUCUACGACAACUGUACACUAAGCAUGUUCUCGUGUAGAUACCUGGACAUGCUGCCCAAAGAGACAGUAGUGCUAGACUACUACCAGGACCCCGAGAGCGCUAUAGAAGCCGUUAGAAUGGGUGACGCUUGGGGAGCGCUGUACUUCACAGAGAACUUCACCGACGCACUAGUGGCCAGGAUGGCUUUGGGCCGAGAGUCCGACGACGAGACUUUGGACCAGAGCGAAGUCCGAGUGUGGUUGGACAUGUCAAAUCAACAGAUCGGUUUGAUGUUGAACAGAGAUUUGCAGCUGUCGUACAGAGACUUUGGACAGGGUUUGCUCAAGAGUUGCGACCAAAAUCCAAAACUCGCCGAUAUUCCUAUCCAAUUCAAAGAACCCAUUUACGGUAGCUCCGACCCGAGUUUCACGGACUUUGUCGCACCCGGUGUCAUAUUGACAAUUGUUUUCUUCUUGGCCGUGGCGCUCACGUCGUCCGCGUUGAUCAUCGAACGGACCGAAGGUCUCCUCGACAGAAGCUGGGUGGCCGGUGUCACCCCGUUGGAAAUAUUGUUCUCGCACGUUAUCACUCAGUUUGUGGUCAUGUGCGGGCAGACAGCCCUUGUGUUGAUCUUCAUGAUACUUGUGUUCGGCGUUGAAUGCAAAGGAGACAUCAGCUUGGUCAUCGCGCUCACGAUUUUACAGGGACUUUGCGGCAUGUGCUUCGGUUUUGUCAUAUCGGCUAUAUGCGAACUCGAGAGGAACGCCAUUCAAUUAGCCCUGGGAAGUUUCUACCCGACGCUUUUACUCAGCGGUGUCAUUUGGCCGGUGGAAGGUAUGCCAGUGCUGUUGCGGUACGUCAGCUACUGUCUACCCUUGACCAUGGCCACCACAUCGUUGCGAAGCAUACUUACCAGAGGCUGGAAUCUGCUGGAGCCCGACGUGUACCUGGGCUUCGUGUCCACCAUAUCGUGGAUAGUGCUGUUCCUGUCCAUCAGCAUGGCCGUACUGAAAUUCAAACGCGGUUAAAUCGCGAGAACCUCAGCUUCAACACGAUUAGA